AUGAAGGCAAGUAGCAAAGCGGCGUUCUCUUCCUCUGGUCAGGGAAAAAUCAUCGGAAAAAACGAAAUCUCCACCGGCGUUAGGGGCACAGCCGCUGUCUCCCCUGGCGGUAGAGGAAAAGCUAUCGUCUUCGACGGCUGCGGUGUGUGCCAUACUAAGGCAACCAAAGGGCUUACAACACUUAUGUUUAAGAAAUGUGGGAAGAGUGAAAUUAUUGAUGUGCCAGAGUACCUGUCGAAGAUCUCGGUUUAUGAAAACAUUGAUCAAGCCGUAUUUGUUCUUCUCUGUGAUGCUGGUGAGGAGUUGAGUGGGAAGAAAGCGUAUGAGUUGGUUGAGAGCUAUUAUCAGGCCAAUGAGACUGUAAGAGAUGAUCACAUCGUUCUGGUGCCUCAGGCUCUGAUUGAUACCAUUGGAAAUACAUGGAAGUUCCUUGUGAAGGUAUCAAGUCACAAUUUGACCGGCAAGACCCAGUCUUUGACUGUGACAAACGUGUUCCCUCUUGAAGCCCCAGUACCCGAUGGCAACCUAUGUGAAAACGUGGACGAGGAAACAUGCAAUGACAAGGAGGACCCUGUAGAUGAGUCGGUGAAGAGGAGCUCUGAUGAGAUUGUGUCAGGAGAUGCCAAGUGUGCCAAAUGUGGCUAA